GGCCGUUUGAAGGCGCGGCGGGAGGACGAGGCAGAGCCGGGCGGAGAGCUGGCGUCCUUCGCUGCCGUCGGGGGCUCUGGGCUGGGCCUGGGGGGGAUGAGCGGGGCGGAGGCGUGGGCCGGGCGCAGGGCCCGGGCGGCGGCGGCGCUGCUGGAGACGGAGGAGGCUUACCUGGCGCAGCUGGAGGCCCUGGGGCAGCACUUCGGGACUCUGUCGGCGGCCAAGGGGAUCCUGCGGCCGGAGGCCAGGGAGACCCUCUUCGGCCCCUGGGAGGCCCUCCGCCCCGCCAGCCGGGCGCUGCUGGGCCUCCUGGAGAGGGGCCUCCUGGGCCCCGGGCUGGAGGGCUUCCGUGCCCACCUUCCGCUCUACGUCUCCUACGCCGAGAAGCUGCCUCAGGCCAGAGAGACCCUGCGGAGACAGGUGAGGAAGAACAAGGCCUUCUCCCGCUUCAAGAAACUCCAGGAGUCCCGGCCGGAGUUUGGGGGCCUCUGCCUGGAAGAGCUGCUCCUUCUGCCACUGCAGAGGCUCCGCCAGUACAGACACCUCCUGCAAGAUUUGGUGGAGAACACCCCGACAAAGAGCUCAGAGGCUGAGCAGCUGAGAGAGGCACUGAGGUCCAUCGAAGAGGCCUUUCACCAAGUCCAAGAGAUUACUCACUUCCAUGAGAACGUGGGACACCUGAGUCGGAUCCAGAAGCUGCUGCUGCUCAAAGGACAGAAGACUAAAGUGAUGCUGCCAGGGCGGUGGUACCUCCGGGAGGGCUGGCUGACGGUGGUGCCUGACAAGGGUGAGGCCCUACAGCACAGGAUGUUCUUCCUCUUCUCUGAUGCCUUGCUGAUGACCAAGCCUUACCACCCUCUCCACCCCUGGAAUGCCCACAAGCUGGCCUGCCAGGAGGUCUUCCAGCUCCAGCAGUGCUUGGUGGAGAAGAUCUUUGGUCACACCCAGAGCCAUGGGGGGCUCCUCAGUCUAUCCUUCCCACACAAGAAGUUACUGCUGAUGUCCCAUGAUCAGGAGGACUUGAACAAAUGGCACCAGAGUCUGACGGCUGCUAUCAGGCGACUCCAACUUCUCUCCAGGCCACUGAACCACUAAGACUGCCCACCCACCUUCCCAUGCGGCACAGAGACCCAGCCAGAUGCCACAGGUGUUAUCCCUUGGGCUCCAACCUCCUAAACAGAAUAUCAGUGGAGGCAAGUCUUCAAUGCAGAGCCUGGAAGAAUGCGGAAGCCACCCUCUGCUUUCUCACCAGUAGGAGUUGAUAUGGCCAGUGGCCAUGCUAGGUGAAGAAAUCUGGGUGUUGAAGUCUCCCCAAAUAUUUUUUCAAGUCUAUUCUACCUCUAUAUAUUUAUCUACCUAUCCAUCUAUUUAUCAUUAGUAUCUUUAGAGAUGAUGGAAGAGACCAAUGCAAAUCAUGUAAAUGAAAACCUUUUGCUAGUCCUGCAGUUAUUCCUCUCAGCCAUAGAGAUAGAGAAUGAACUAUCGAUGUUGAUUCCAGGUCCUCUAUGUGGAUCAAUUUGAUAAUCGAGUUCCCUAAUGAUGUGCUGAUAGUGCUCUGGCAUGACCGAAGCUCAAGAGUAUGCAACUGACAAACGUAGCUCAUGGCUAAAGAAUUCUUCUAUUUCCCAUCUGGUUUAGUCAGUUUGUCUACAAAGGACUCAAUGGACAUCAGAUAAUACCAGGAAAUGAUUUUAAUAAAAAUGUUAAAAUAA